AUGGCUACAAUGGUGCAAGAGUUUGGCAACUUUAUGCCCGAGUCUACGCUGGAGUCAACGACAUCUAUCCAUGUUUAUGCGCGCAUGCCCUGGGAAGAAGAAGAGGCAAGGUUUACUCAUAAUCUACAAAGCAACCCGACGAUGUCUUUGAACUCGAGGAACACUUGGCGCCCAGCCAGAACGGAUGACGACGCUCCUCCUGCGCUCAAAAGGCGCCGAGCUUAUGGUCCCGUUCCCUCGUCUGCAGAGGCAGCCUAUCAAGGCUUGGCUUCCUCACCAGAGAUGCCCAACACACAGGCACCAGCUAUGACUCCUCAUAACAGCCAAUUCAUACUUGAGCAAGCCGCGAGGAUUCUGCAAGUACCCGUCCCACAACUUUUACAAUUGGGCCAAACCCGAGAAUGCAGCGAGACAACAAACAUUGUCAGCCAGGCUGCAAUUACCCUUGACGUGCCUGUCUCAAGCUUAUUCGAGCUUCAAGAGAAGCAUAGGCACAAACGUAUACGUGUAGACACACCACCUGCUGCUCCGUCCACCUACGCGGAAAAGGGGGCAGGACUGGGAGGUGAUGCGAAAUCAAUGCAGGGGAGCCGACAGGGCUCAGACGAUAGUUCCGAGCACUACUCCUGGGCGGCCAUGACUGCUUCCUCUCAGCCACCAACUUACCUAGGACUGAGCGGUCCUCGAAUAGCUAAUGCCCUUGCAGGCUUCCCUCCAUAUGACCCCAACGAAUCUUACCAGAACAGCCAGGACGACCAUGUCCCUGUCACGACUGGGCCCCAAUGCUACGGGGGAGCGCGAGUUCCUUCUAUGGGCACAUCACCAACUUCUGCCAAUAUUCCGACUACCCCUGUUACAGGUUAUGACAGUGGCACACCUAUCAUGCACUCGAACCAGGCUGGACCUGUUGUUUCUGAUGCGCCUAUCAUGGUUGACAACUACAUGACAUCCUUUGCGGCAUUGCCACCUCCGCGACAUAUACAUUUCGACCAGCAAACCGGAGACAAGCCAGUCAUGUACUAUCCGGGAAAUGCACCAAAUCCCAUGUAUUCUAGGCCACCCCCGAUCGACCAGCACACGGCUGCCGUCGUCCCAGUCCAUCCAGCGGCACAUGUUAUGGAAAACGUUUCUGGUUAUAGGACUUAUCAAAACAGCCCCGAGACGCAAUCUCCGUCAAGCAGCCAUGCUGGCGCCCCGGAUGACGUACCUCUGGGAUAUGACGUGUUCCACACCUACGGCCCCCCGGCGCAUCUGGUCGAUAACAGCGGCGCGGCGAUAGAGUUUUUUACUAGGCCACCGGAUUUUGAGUUGAUAUAUUCAACGCACAGAGCUCCUCCUGCGAAGCGCGGUCCUUUUAAAGAUCGUGGGGAGCGGGACUUGACCGCAGAGACGAGGAAGGUCGGGAGCUGCAUUAGAUUUCUCUCAAAGAUAGGCCAAGUUCGAGGCUUUGAGUGGACCUCUCGAUGGAAAGAUAGCACGGUGGCCGACGAUAUCUCGAGCUGGGCAUCCCUAGAAACGAGAACUAUCCAUGUGACAGAGGGUUUUACAGGAAGCUCGGUUGCACUCCGUGUGCGGCAAUUUGUCCCUCAAGCGGGCGACUCGUUAGAACGGUCUUGGGUGGCCCCUGACGGUACCAGGCGGUCCGUCCACAUUCCGCAUUUUGCCGUGGUUGAUAUGGACGCAACCAAGGUCGUGCUGGAUAAGUACAUCAGGAGUGGGAUAUGGGCAAUGUGCAAGAAGGUGAUUGGGCCUAACAAGGCUCUCAUCUGGAACACUUACGCCCUCGCUUUGAAAAGAGCAAACAGCCAGGCGGUAGACAAGAAGGAGCAGGAGCUGCUAAAGAGCACACUGGAGCUUUGGAUGUCUAUACGUCUGACGACGAACUCGUUCGAGAUUGUGGGUGAGGAAACCUUGGGGAUGCCGCAAGACAUCAUGGACGAGACGAGCCCCCUAUGUGGCAAAAUCCCGUUACCGCCGGUUUUGGGCGCACAACUGGACUCGAUCCUAAUCCAUCAAAUUCAAGCCAAAUUCCGACACGACACCCUUGAGCUCCUGCAGAAGAUGACGCAAGAAAAUAAGGCCAGGACGUGGUUGACGACAUACCUGGUGACUUUCAUCUUGUUGCACAACAUUGCUCUCGUCAUCAGGCAUGACGCUGGCUACGCUCGCAAGCACGGCAUGCAAAGGCGGUUCGCCCGCGAGGAUAAAGUCAGGGAGUACUAUAUGGGAGCAACCACAUUGCUGGCGUAUUCUCAUUAUAGGGGUGGGAGCAAGAUCUUUGCAAGCGAUGUCAGAGAUGAUGAUCUUCGGCUACACUCUGGUGAAGAUGGAGCCUCACUAGUUGCGUUCACACGAAGAUACGCAAAGGAAUCCGAGCGUGAUUGGAAGAGUCUCCUACACAACAACGACGUUGAGGAUGAAUACUUUUUCAUUUCUCAAUUAUACGAACAAAACUGGAUGCCCCGAGAGUGGCCUUUCUGA